GAGCUCGGUGGAAGAAAGAAAGAGAGAGAAAGAAAGAAAGAGAGAGAGAGAGAAAACGCGGGUGUUAGAGAAGAGGAACAAGGAAGAGCAUCAUCAUCAUGGUGGCGGGUGAGAUGAUCCAAGAACCAGUGAGGCAUGGAGACACACCUGCUCAGUAUGACAGCGUUGCGGACGGCGAUGUAAAAUUGAGCAUAAGCGAAGCCCCGGAACACGAGACGGAACCUUCAUCCUCUCCUCCGAACGAGAAAGAGGCCAUGCUUCCCGGGGAGAACCAGCCUCCCCAUCCUUCUCCAGCUCUCCAGAUUCGCUUGUCCCGCAGGCGCUUCGUGGUGCUCCUCAUCUUUAGCUUAUACUCGCUGGUCAACGCGUUCCAGUGGAUCCAGUAUAGCAUCAUCACCAACGUGUUCACGCACUUUUACGGCGUCUCCAAUCCCAUGAUCGACUGGCUCUCGAUCGUCUACAUGGCGGCGUACAUCCCGCUCAUCUUCCCCGCCACCUGGCUGCUGGACCGCCGCGGGUUGCGCGUCACCGCGCUCAUCGGCGCCGGCCUCAACUGCGCGGGCGCGUGGGCGAAGUGCGCGAGCGCCGCGCCCGGCCUGUUCUGGGUCACCUUCGCCGCGCAGGUCGUGUGCUCCGUGGCACAGGUGUUCAUCCUCGGCCUGCCCUCACGCAUCGCCUCGGUGUGGUUCGGCCCAAAAGAGGUGUCCACUGCCUGUGCCGCAGCCGUGCUGGGAAACCAGCUGGGUGUAGCCAUUGGGUUUCUGCUCCCACCUGUCUUGGUCCCCAACACACCUGAAGAUAAAGACCUGAUGGGCCACAAUAUAAGUAUAAUGUUCUAUGGGACGGCGGCCAUCUCGACCCUACUCUUCAUUUUAACGGUCAUCUUCAUUCAGGACAGACCCCCUUUACCGCCAAGUCAAGCUCAGGCGGUGUUGCCCACAGGCCUCGCGGAAGAUUAUUCCUAUAAGCGAUCCAUCGUCAAUCUAUUCAAGAGCAAGCCCUUCCUCCUGCUCCUGCUGAGUUACGGAAUCAUGACGGGAUCGUUUUAUUCGGUGUCCACUCUCCUUAACCAGAUGAUCAUCACUUACUAUGAGGGAGAGGAGUUAAACGCGGGCAGGAUCGGCCUCACCCUGGUUGUAGCCGGAAUGGUCGGCUCCAUCCUGUGCGGUCUGUGGCUGGAUUAUACCAAAACCUACAAGAUGACCACACUGAUUGUGUACAUCCUGUCCUUUAUCGGCAUGCUGGUCUUCACCUUCACGCUGAACCUGGGCCAUCUGCUAAUCAUCUUCUUUACUGGAGGAGCCCUGGGGUUUUUUAUGACCGGAUAUCUUCCCAUCGGGUUCGAAUUCGCUGUGGAAAUCACCUACCCAGAGUCUGAAGGCACUUCCUCAGGUCUUCUGAACGCGUUUGCGCAGUUGUUUGGAAUCAUUUUCACGUUGAUUCAAGGGAAACUCACCACCGAUUACAACCCGUUGAUCGGAAACAUCUUCCUGUGUGCAUGGAUCUUCGUCGGGAUCAUUUUAACAGCGUUGAUCAAAUCGGAGCUGAAGAGGCACAAUGUCAACAUGGGCACCAGCAAAUGCCAGGCGGUUCCUACAGAAUGUCCGUCGGAGAAGGAGGCGUCCAACGGCGUAAAGCUGGACCUCUCACGUGAGACCACGCUGUAAAGACCACCCAAGACCUGAGACUGUGCUGCAAUAUUCCACCUCUAAAAACAAUCAACAUCUUCACCACCUCCAUCAUCGUCAACUUCGAUGUGGUCUCGAUCCACGCUGAGCUUACGUGAUCUCGCCGUACUGUUGUUGAAGCGUCUUAUAAAGCGUCAUAAGACGUGACGAUAGUUAAUUAACUGUAUAAUGUCUGUUUCAGUGUUUAUACUGGGUUUUAAUCCAGAACUGGGCGUGGCUAAUUCCAGAAAAAAUAUUUAAUUUAUUUAUGUAUAUAUUUUCUAUUUUUUGGACCAGUCAAAAAAAAAAAAAAGCAUGAACAGCCAUUUUUUUUUAUUCAUAAAUUAUAAUUUUUCUUUUUUUUUUUUCUUUUUUUUUUUUUUAUAUAAUUUUUAUUUAUUUAUUUAUUUAAAGGAUUUUUUUUUUCCAGGGAUAAAAAUCUAAUUGUGAAUUUAGUUCUGUGGAAAUUUCUGGAGAUUUCUUUUGAAGCCGUUCUUUUGAAGUUUUCUUUGAUGCCACAUUCUGAGAUGAUGUUCCACUAGAUUUUGUGAAGAUUUCUGAGCUUUCAUUCAGCCUUUGUAUUAAAUAUGGAAUCACAUUUGAAAAAGAAAUGAUGGACAUUUAUUUUUCAAGUGUGAUUCCAUAUUUAAUACAAAUCAAGUUAAUGAAAAGGGAAAAAAAAGAAUGGCAAGUUAAUAUUUUAAUGCACAAGUUCUGCACCUUUAAUCAGGUAUUUUAGUGUGUCUGAUUGGGUAAUUGACCAGUUGGUUCGUUAGUUGAUUGGUUGAUCGGUUAGUUGUAGUUAAUUGCACUUGCUAAUUCCGUGUUAUCGCACUUCACCAACACUUUAUAAUGUUUACUUCUCUUUUCUCUGUCCUGAUGCGUUCUCUCUCUUCUUUUUUAUGAUGUCUUUAGUUAAUUUUUCCUUCUUUGUUCUGUAUUAAUCUCCAUGCAUCUGUAGGCUAAACUCGCACCAUUAAGCACAAAUUAAGCUCCACCCACAACGUUGCACAAAACAUCAGCACCUUUGUGUUCACGACGAGCACACGAGCGCACUGAGGAAUGAAAAAAUCAUUUUGCACAAAAUUUUAAAAAAGCCCUCAAUUUCUUUUAUUUAUUUUUAUUUAUAUAUAUAUAUAUAUAUAUAUAUAUAUAUAUAUAUAUAUAUAUAUAUAUAUAUAUAAAAUUGGGCACAAGCCCUUAUUCAAACCCAAAAGAGGUUCUGGGAUUCAAAAUCCAACGUUUUAUCCAUCGAGCUGCCACUUCAAAACCCUUGGGCGAAAUUUCAUAUUUGAAUCAUUUCCGGAACGUUUUUCACGAAGAUGGAAAACAACGUCGGCUUUGGGCUAAUUUUCUAGAUAUAUUUCCUGAAAAAUCUGUGUUAAAAAAAAGAAAUGUGUCAGGGUUUUUUUUUUUUUUUAUAUAUAUAUAUUUAUAUUUUUGGAGAUUCUUUUACCUCAGAAGUGUUUACCAUUUUAAAAAAAAAAGGACUUUCUCCUGUUUCCUGUGAGCUCUACGGUCAGGAUCGUCAGAACGUCUUAUCGCUUGUUGUUCAAUAGAUUUCCUUCGUUAAUGGAGCUGUUUGGACCGAAAGCCUUCUGCACACGAAAUCUGUCGGAAGCAGUAACGAGGACUCGAACUAUCCGACCUCUGAGAGGUUUUUCUAUCAUCGAUGUUUACUUUUGCUCGUAGUGACUGGAAUGUGCUUUAAAAAGGGAUUUGAGGGGGCAUUUGAGGGUGUUUGUGUGGGUUGGGGGUCGUCAUAAAUAAAUGUUCUAACUGCUUUUCUUUUCACUGUAGUUUCAUUCUGUAUUCUUUUAUAAUUAAAGAAAAGGAUCAUAUUA